CCUCAGAAAUCUCUCCCAUUGCACCUCUCUCUCUCUCUCUCUCUCUACCAACACUCUCUUUGUGACUCAGCCAUGGCCGCGCUGCAAUACCUAGAGUCUCUGCGCAGCACACAUCCAGAGCUGGGUGAUUGGUACAAUUCGCUUGCAGAUCUGUACCAGAAGAAGCUCUGGCACCAACUCACUCUCAAGCUCGAGGAGUUCGUAGCCCUUGCUGUCUUCCAGGCUGGAGAUGCUCUGAUACAAUUGUAUCAUAAUUUCAUCACCGACUUUGAGACCAAAAUCAAUCUUCUCAAGCUUGCACAUUUUGCAGUUAUUGUUUCUCGACAGUAUCCUGAAAAAGAAGCGGCCAUUGGGUAUCUUGAAGGGGUGAUAGAGAAGCUUAGAGCCACUCGGGAGCAGCGUAUAGAGGAGCCAGUUCUUUACAUUAAGAUGCAAAUUGCCAUAUUCAAACUUGAGCAAGAUCAAAAGGAGUGCAAAAUCCUUCUAGAAGAUGGAAAGACUACAAUUGAUAGCAUGACUGACAUUGAUCCGUCUGUGUAUGCCAUUUAUUAUUGGGUUUCUUCUCAAUACCAUAAAUUUCGUCAAGAAUUUGCUGAGUUCUACAAAAGUGCUCUUCUUUACUUAGCGUAUACCUCAGUGGAAUCUCUGUCAGAAUCAUUUAAGCUGGACUUGGCAUUUGAUUUAUCACUUUCUGCACUGCUUGGGGAUAAUAUCUACAACUUUGGCGAGCUGCUGGCACAUCCUAUUAUUAAGAGUCUUCUUGGGACAAAGGUUGAGUGGCUCUACUAUAUUCUUCAAGCAUUCAACGCUGGUGACUUAGUUCGCUAUCAGGAACUAUGUCGUGUGCACAAUGCUGCUUUGAGGGCUCAACCAGCCUUGGUUGAGAAUGAGAAGAAGCUUCUGGAAAAGAUUAACAUUCUUUGUUUGAUGGAAAUCAUCUUCAGCCGGUCAUCUGACGACAGGACUAUACCUUUGAGUAUAAUUGCUGACCGCACUAAACUUUCAAUUGAGAAUGUGGAGCAUCUUCUCAUGAAGAGUCUUUCUGUUCAUCUGAUUGAGGGCAUAAUUGAUCAAGUUGAUGGAACCGUGCAUGUUUCCUGGGUGCAACCAAGAGUUUUGGGGAUUCCACAGAUCAAAUCUUUGCGAGACCGACUGGACAACUGGUUGGAUAAAGUGCACACCGCAUUGGUAUCCAUUGAGGCAGAAACACCUGACUUGGUUGCAUCGUGAGUUUGAUUUCUUGAUAAGUUUUCAGGCCAUUGUAACAUUUUCUUAACAAGAAAGGCAGUAAACAUGGGUGGCCUCAAAAGAUUUAGCCUAGUUUGCUUGGGCAGAUGGGCCUUCUUUGUACGCCCCUGCUUUUUCUUUUUCAUAUUGCCUCUCCUGCGUUUCUUGAAUCAUUUUUCUGAAAGGAGUUGCUUAUGAUACAUCACUUCGGAGUAGUAAAUUCUAUAGUGGCAAUGCCUAGAGACAUGGUGAUCCAUUUGCUGAUCCAUUAAAAGACGGCUGUUAUUUACUUUCUUAGCUUUGAUAUUGAACCAAUGUAUUUGGAAUUUUUCUUAGUUACAGUUAUGUGAUCCAUUUGAUUCA